CACCACCAGGCACGCCAAAGGUUAUGCCACCACCAGGAACGCCAAGUGUUGUGCCCCCACCAGGCACACCAAGCGUUGUACCAUCACCAGGCACACCAAGUGUUGUGCCCCCAUCAGGCACACCAAGCGUUGUACCACCACCAGGCACACCAAGUGUUGUGCCACCACCAGGCACGCCAAGUGUUAUGCCACCACCAGGGACACCAAGUGUAGUACCACCACCAGGCACACCAAGUGUUGUACCACCACCAGGCACCCCAAGCGUUGUACCACCACCAGGCACGCCAAGUGUUGUGCCCCCACCAGGCACACCAAGUGUUGUACCACCACCAGGCACGCCAAGUGUUGUGCCGCCACCAGGCACACCAAGCGUUGCACCACCACCAGGCACAAGUGUUGUGCCACCAAUAGGCACGCCAAGUGUUAUGCCACCACCAGCGACACCAAGUGUCCUACCUCCACCAGGCACACCAAGCGUUCUACCACCACCAGGCACACCAAGUGUUGUACCACCACCAGGCACGCCAAGUGUAGUACCACCACCAGGCACGCCAAGUGUUGUGCUUCCACCAGGCACACCUAGCGUUGUUCCACCACCAGGCACACCAAGUGUUGUGCCACCACCAGGCACGCCAAGUGUUGUACCACCACCAGGCACACCAAGCGUUGUACCACCACCAGGCACACCAAGCGUUGUACCACCACCAAACACUCCAAGUGUUGUGCCACCACCAGGCACGCCAAGUGUUGUACUCCCACCAGGCACACAAAGCGUUGUACCACCACCAGGCACGCCAAGUGUAGUACCACCACCAGGCACGCCAAGUGUUGUGCCCCCACCAGGCACACCAAGUGUUGUACCACCACCAGACACACCAAGUGUAGUACCACCAUCAGGCACGCCAAGUGUAGUACCACCACCACCAGGCACGCCAAGUGUUGUGCCCCCACCAGGCACACCAAGUGUUGUACCACCACCAGGCACGCCAAGUGUAGUACCACCACCAGGCACCCCAAGUGUUGUGCCCCCACCAGGCACACCAAGUGUUGUACCACCACCAGAAACACCAAGUGUAGUACCACCACCAGGCACGCCAAGUGUAGUACCACCACCACCAGGCACGCCAAGUGUUGUGCCCCCACCAGGCACACCAAGUGUUGUUCCACCACCAGGCACGCCAAGUGUUGUGCCCCCACCAGGCACACCAAGCGUUGCACCACCACCAGGCACGCCAAGUGUUAUGCCACCACCAGGGACACCAAGUUUCGUACCUCCACCAGGCACACCAAGCGUUCUACCCCCACCAGGCACACUAAGCGUUGUACCACCACCAGGCACGCCAAGUGUAGUACCACCACCAGGCACGCCAAGUGUUGUACCACCAGCAGGCACACCAAGCGUUGUACCACCACCAGGCACGCCAAGUGUUGUACCACCACCAGUCACACCAAGUUUUGUGCCCCCACCAGGCACACCAAGCGUUGUGCCACCACCAGGCACACCAAGUGUUGUACCACCACCAGGCACACCAAGUGUUGUGCCACUACCAGGCACGCCAAGUGUUAUGCCACCACCAGGCACACCAAGUGUUGUGCCCCCACCAGGCACACCAAGCGUUGUACCACCACCAGGCACACCAAGUGUUGUACCACCACCAGGCACGCCAAGUGUUGUACCACCACCAGGUACGCCAAUUGUUGUGCCCCCACCAGGCACACCAAGCGUUGUACCACCAGCAGGCACACCAAGCGUUGUACCACCACCAGGGACACCAAGUGUAGUACCUCCACCAGGCACACCAAGCGUUGUACCUCCACCAGGCACACCUAGCGUUGUACUACCACCAAGCACACCUAACGUUUUACCACCUCCAGGCACACCAAGCGUUGUACCACCAGGCACACCAAGCGUUGUACCGCCACCAGGCACACCGAGCGUUGUACUACCACCAGGCACACCGAGCGUUGUACUACCACCAGGCACGCCAAGUGUUGUGCCACCCCCAGGCACACCAAGUGUAGUACCUCCACCAGGCACACCAAGGGUUGUACCACCACCAGGCACACCAAGUGUUGUACCACCACCAAGCACACCAAGUGUAGUACCACCACCAGGCACACCAAGCGUAGUACCUCCACCAGGCACACCAAGCGUUGUACCACCACCAGGCACACCAAGUGUUGUACCACCACCAGUCACACCAAGCGUUGUACCACCACCAGGCACACCGAGUGUUGUAUCACCACCAGGCACGCCAAGUGUUAUGCAACCGCCAGGGACACCAAGUGUAGAACCACCACCUGGCACACCAGAUGUAGUACCACCACUGGGCACCCCAACAGCUCCAACUUGUGAAUACAAGGUGAUAGAUUUGGCUAGUGACGACUUCGUUGUCACAGCGUCCUCGUCUGACACGGGUAAUCCUGAGGAAGCUCUGGGUGGAUCCCUAGACUUUUGGUCACCAACUGACGAUGACGUCGAGGACACACCUUUUUGGUUGCUGGAAAUUUUGAGUUCUAAGGGCGACGCUGAAGUCGAGGAUGUUGAAUUUAACGUAAAAUACUCUACAGCCGUUACUGUCACUUUUAUCAAUAAAGAUAACCGACUUGUCGGCACCAAGGAAGAUAAUCUGGAAUCGGAAGUUCUCAACAGGGUGUCCUUCAAGGGCAUACACGUCAAAGCUCGCUAUGUUAAAAUCUACACCCCGAUCGUGGAUGGACUGCCUCUGCCUCAAGUUGGAGACGUUGUCGUCAGAGCUUGCUACAGUACACAGGUGACAACAACACCGCACGUGUCCACAGCCACCAGAAGCGCAUGCUUGCCUGACCAGUUUACAUGUCACAACGGAAUGUGUGUUAACAGAACUCAGAUCUGUGACGGAACCUUGAACUGCGCUGACGGUAGCGACGAGGAAAAAUGUACAACCCUGUCAUCCAUCAUUACCACCACAGCUCCAGCAGGUUGGUCUUCCUGGACCCCAUGGUCAGAGUGUUCGGUGAACUGCGGGGAAGGUGUUCGCACUCGCCAGAGAGUAUGCCAGGGUGAGCCUUGCAAAGGUAAGAACGUGGAAGAAGAGCCGUGUACUGAGGCUCCAUGCGCGUGUUAUUUCACCCAAGAAGAUUUCGAGAAGAACUUCGGAUUCCAGGGCUCAAACCCCAUCGGCUGGAUUGAGAAGGACGGCGAAUUCGGCCUGACGUCUGAUGAUGAGAGAGUCGAGAUUGAUGACGAAAUUGAAGAUGGCGUGACCGUACACGUAGAGUGUAAUAACUGUACUUGUGACAACGGGUUCAUGGACUGUAGUAACAAGACAUGCAAGGAAGACUGUCACUACACGCAGUGGUCGUCAUGGUCCACGUGCUCGAAAUCAUGUGACGUAGGCCAAAGGUCAAGGUCUCGAAAGGCCAUCCAAGGCUCUCUGGCAGGCAAACCAUGCGUUGAGCCCACACAGCAAGUGGAAGACUGUAACACCGAUAACUGUCCUGAACCACCCGAAUGGUCCACGUGGUCCGCGUGGAGCACAUGCUCAGCCACGUGUAACGGAGGUGUCACCACCAGAACCAGGACUUGCACUAAAUCCGGAAAAACGAACAAGGACGAAGAUUGUGAUGGCGAACCACUGGAGUCCGCUGCCUGUAACACUGAUUCUUGUACUACAGAAGGACCACCAUCAUGCGAAGGCGGGAAAGUCUACAAGAACUGCUCGGAGAGUUGUCCACGAACCUGUCAGGAACUGCGCAUGUCCGCUAUCUGCAUCGAACCCGAGGCUUGCGAGCCCGGAUGUGGUUGCAAGGAGGGAGAAGUGGAGUACCGGGGUCAGUGUAUCCUGGAGACUAACUGCCCCUGCUAUGACGAUCAGGGUAACGAGGUACCCGAGGGUAUCGAGGUCACGGAUUCACCCUGCGAAGUCUGUUCUUGUAAGAAUGGUCAAUACAAGUGUCAACAGAAGGACGACUGUGACACGCCUUGUGGUUGGUCUGACUGGACGUCUUGGGGAGAAUGCAGCGUCACCUGCGGUGAAGGAACAAAGACGAGAUACAGGACACCAAACAACCCAGCACCAACCGGAAACGGCGCUGAGUGCGAAGGUCCAUCGUCCGAAACGGUCAGUUGUCAGCGUGACGAAUGCCCAGCAGCCUGUUUCCAGGGUAACUCUUCUUACACCAUCGGUCAACUGGUCAGCACUGACGAAUGUACCGAAUGCUACUGUCGCGAAAACAUCGGAAUCGUUUGUAACGAAAAGGAAGACGCUAUCGUCGAUGGCGGCUACACUGGCUGGUCCUCGUGGUCUCAGUGUAACUCCGACUGUGUCGGUGGAAUGAAGAGGAGGACGCGCACAUGCGCAAACCCACUUCCGAAAUGCGGCGGCAAAACUUGCUCUGGUGAUAAUGUGGAAGAGAUCGACUGCAACUCUGACAUCCCAUGUUGUAUGACAAGUGAAUGGAGUGAGUGGUCCGAAUGUUCGGCCGCAUGUGACGGAGGCGUUCAGACCCGAGAGAAGAGCGUCAACGGCACGGAUUGUCCACAGCCUACAUCACAGUCCCGACCAUGUAAUACCGUACCUUGUACAGAAACUUGCAAGACCACAGAAUGGAGCGACUGGAGCGAAUGUUCCGUCACGUGCGGACGAGGUCAGAUGACCAGAACACGUGACUUUGAGGGAGAAGCCGAUCAGAAGUGCUCUGACGAACUUGAGGAGGUUACCGAUUGCUUCGCUGGUGACUGCGACUGCGACGAGGACAACGAAGUGUGGUCCAACCAUACAUACUGCGAGCGAACAUGCGUGAACCGCUUUGACCAUCUGAACCAAACUGUUUGCGACAUGGUCCGUGAGGGAUGUAUUUGCGCCGAAGGAUUCUUCCGAGACAACGGCAAGUGCGUCAGAUCCAGCAAGUGCGAUAUCUGCGUCGUGGACGGCGAAGAGAAGAAACCAGGCGAGACUUGGUCCAAGUCCACAGAUCCAUGCUACGUCUGUGAAUGCGUCGGAGGUGAAGAAGUCUGCACGCGAACUUGCGAGAUCCCAAAAUGCGAUGACGGUGAAGAACUGAGCUACGAUGUCCCUAACACAUGUUGCCCUAAAUGCGUCCCUGUACCAGAUACCUGCUCUCUCCGCGUGCGCCAAGACUACCUGGUUGAUGAAAUCUCGGGCUGUCGUUCUGUAGAACAAGUUGCCAUCACGUCAUGUGCCGGAGGCUGUGGAACCUCGUCUUCAUCUCCACUGCUGAUGAUGUCACGUGACAUGGCAGCCACUCAGAACUCCUGUAAAUGUUGCACGGGCGAGGUAGCCGAGGUCAAAGCCGUUACCGUUGAGUGUGGCGAGCAGAAGACGCGACAAGAAGCCUUUUACCCCGUCCUCAAGGGAUGUAGAUGCAACGCAUGCGCGGCAGGAGCUUCUCCACCAUAGACUACACACGGAAAGAAAGACAUGGAUUAAAAAUGACACGAUUCUUUCCGAAACGAUAUCAAACUGUCCCAGAUGUGUAUGAACAUAAUUAAAGAUUAAUAACUUUCACGUGCAAUAAUGAUGACUACUGCAAAUGUAUUCGUAUGGACAAUACACUAUACAAUUUUAAAAAUACCAAAAUAUAUUAAACAAAAAAU